AACUAGUAUGACGAACAAAAUGCCAGCGGGGGUAUUGAUCUAGAGCGGCGGCAUAGCACGCAAUCCACGUUCCACUGGAGAUUAAAUAAGUGUUACGACAUAGUACUAGUAGGUCCCCGCCGAGGCGCUGUUUUGCGUUACCCAGCCCAGCGCUCUCAGUUGAAGUCAGUUCCCUCCGAACUUUUAUCUAGUGAUCAUGUCCCUCAUCGGUAACAGUGGUGAUAAUGAUGUGUCCGACGCAGAGAGGAUAACUCUUGACGUGUUUUCUGUCAUCGGCAUGAUAACUGUGACGAUUAUCGUUCUGAAGUUGCUGUGGACGAUUUGUAAGAUCAUCUUCUACCACGACAUAUCCAAAUUGUUCAAGACAAACCUGAAGGAAAAAUACGGAGGCUGGGCAGUGGUGACUGGGUCCACGGACGGCAUCGGCAAAGCCUAUGCUCACGAGUUGGCUGAGCGCGGUUUCAACAUCGUGCUCAUUUCAAGAACUCUCGUGAAGCUGGACAAAGUGGCUGAAGAAAUAAGAGUCAAGCACAACGUGGAGGUUGAGGUGAUUCAGGCAGACUUCUCAGAAGGGAGAAUGAUCUACGAUCACAUUGCGGACGGCUUGUCCAACAAAGAUAUUGGGAUUCUGGUGAACAACGUCGGCGUUCUCGCCGUCCCCACCAAGUUCGAGAACAUCACCGAAGACGAGGUGUGGAACCAAGUGAUCGUGAACGUGGCUUCCGUUCCAGCAAUGUCCAAGAUAGUCCUCCCUGGAAUGCUGGUCAGGAAACGCGGGCUCAUCGUAAAUGUCGCCUCUUCAGCUGCCGUUGCUCCCUUUCCGUUAUUCCAGGUUUAUGCUGCUACGAAGGUAUUCGUAAGGAGCUUCAGCAAAAGUCUGGAGUUUGAAUACAGACGGACUGGAGUCGACGUUCAAACGGUGCUGCCCGGGGCAGUUGCCACGAAUAUGACCGCUUGGAGCAAGACCAUAAGCAAACCAAGUCUAGGCGUUCCAACUCCGGCCAAGUUUGCCAGACACGCUGUCGCCACAAUAGGUUACGCUAGUGAAACUGCUGGGUUUUGGAACCAUGAAUUACAGCUGAUGAUGGCACGAGCACUGCCAGAAUGGAUGAUCACGAGGUCUGCGCAAUACAUCAUCCGUUAAGCUCUUUGGCUGUGGCAGCCACGGUUGAAUUAAUGGUAUUUGAUACGAAAGUUGCGACUCGACAGAAGUAAUAAGAGAUUUCAGAGACCUACUUAUGUUUUUCGCGACACACGGGAAGUAUUUGAAUAAGAAGUGUUAGCUCAAAAGGCGGAAGCUGUUCAUCUCAAGUAAUAAGAAGUGAACUGAUAUAGUUACCAAUAUUCACGCUUUUGAAUUACUCUAAAUAAAUAAAACACUUGAUAGAAGAAAGGAUAGUGAAUAGGACAGUGAAUAUCUUGUGAUUUCAAUGAUAUGUGUAUGUGUGUGUGUGUGUACAUGUACGUAUGUAAGUAUACGUUUGUUUUUUAAACUCGAUCGCUGCGAAAACCGUUUCAGGUGAUAGCACUAACAUUUCCGUACUAAUUAUUGAGAAUUCUAGAAAAAGGAUCAUAAUUCGUAAUGUCCAUCCAAACCUUUAUUCAUAUCACAUUCAACUUAUUGUUUCCAAACUACUAUUUUUGUAAGAAAUAUACAAAAUCGUAAGCAAUUCACCAUUAAUGUUUUUCUGGAAGAAAUGAUAAAACAGGAUUGAUCAAAUAUGCUAUGGAUAGAUUCAUUUAAUAAAGAUUAUAAUUGUCCAUAAAA